AUGUCAAAAUCCUAUUUGCUGUGGGUUGGGGGCGGUGAAGUGGCUGGUACUGGUGAUCUGAUACCUGUUGAGAAUCCAGCUACAACGAACGUAUUCGCAGAAUGCCAUUCUGCGUCACCCAAAGAUGUGGAUGAUACCGUCCAACUUGCUCAUACUGUCUUCAAAUCCGGGGCUUGGUCCAAGGCGCCUCGACAUACACGAGCAGACGUGCUGGACAAGGCCGCUGAGCUUCUCACUUCGAACCUCGCCACGCUGAUCCCAUUGGAGGUCGAGCAGACGGGACGCGCAAUCCGAGAGAUGCAAGCUCAAGUUCCAUCUCUUGUUCGAUGGUUCCGCUACUACGCUGCCGUUCUCCGUACUGAAGAGCGUCCUGUCUUGCCAACUCAGGGGAAGCUACACAACUGGCUGGAUCGGGUGCCACUUGGCGUCGUUGUCCAGAUCACGCCGUUUAAUCACCCGCUUCUCAUUGCAGUCAAGAAGCUUGCACCCGCUCUAGCCGCUGGAAAUAGCGUAAUAUUGAAGCCCAGUGAGCUUACACCGUUGACUAGCUUGCUGCUGGGACCGAUAUUGAAAGAGGCAGGAUUGCCAGAUGGUGUCUUCAACGUGUUACCCGGUCUCGGAGCUACGACUGGACGUGCGCUUGUGAGCCACCCUCUUGUGCGGAAGGUGGACAUCACUGGAGGAACUGUUGCUGGAAGAGCAAUUGGCUCUAUUGUUGGUAAUAAUUUGGCACGGCUCACCGCAGAACUGGGAGGAAAGGCACCCUUAAUCAUAUUCGACAAGGCAAACAUUGACUUGGCCGUCCAUGGCGUUGCUUUCGGAUCGUUUAUUGCAAGCGGUCAGACCUGUGUUGCAGCAACCCGAAUCAUUGUCCACAAGAGUAUCUUGGCGACCGUGGAGGAGAGACUUGCCCACAAAGCUGAAUCAAUAGCACGACGGAUGGGCGCACCUACAAAUCCCAAGUCUUCUAUGGGUCCUCUGAUAUCGUCUAAGCAACUUGGCAAUGUCGUGAAACUUGUGGAUGAUGCUGUUACCAAUGGUGCAAAGAUUGUUUGUGGCGGUAAGAGGAUGACUGGCAAAUCUGAACUCGAUGCCACCAAUUUUGGCGAAGGCUAUUUCUACCCUCCAACAAUCUUGGCUUCUGGUCCAGCAUGCGACAUCACUAAGACUAACAUCUGGCGUGAGGAGGCCUUUGGGCCUGUCAUUCUUCUGGUUGGAUUUGAAAGCGAGCAAGAAGCUCUGGAGCUCGCCAACGAUAGCGAAUUUGGCCUAGGAGCGGCAUUGUGGACUGAUGACCUAAGUCAAGCUUUCAGAGUGUCUGAACAAAUUGAGUCCGGUAUUGUCUGGGUCAACACACACCAUCGAAACGAUCCGAGCAGUCCGUGGGGAGGAGCUUCUAGUGCGAGCGGAGUUGGAAGUGAGAAUGGUGUCGAGGCAUAUUAUGCAUAUACCACGACGAAGAGCAUCAUUGUUAACUAUGCUUCCAGUGAUGAAGCCGUAGCGGAUGACUGGUUUAGAGAAGACGGUGUUCAAGUACGUUAUGGAUGA